GUAUGGGGGACGGAGAAGCGGUGGUGCGGUUGGCUUUGCUACGUGGGGGCUCGGGGAAGUGCCGGCAGUGAGCGGCGGGGUCGGGGUCGGUUCGGAAGGGCCUGCGCGUUUGUCUGUGGCUGUAGGCGGACGGCACGGACAGAAGUCGACUCUCUUUCAUGCAGUUGUGACUUCUCCCCUUGGAGUUUAGUGCUGAGAAUCUGAUGUUGGGCUCGGCUGCCUGGCUGAACACAGCGGAUCGGCCCAUGAAAACCUCUGUUCCUAGCCAAAGGAAGGAGUCUAGUGAAAGGCAGCACCUACUCUUUCAGGCUUGGAAGCAAGAAAGGGGGCAAGAAUUGGAGAGUGUGGAAUCGGAGAAGACUACUGAAAGGUGACAUUUAAGUUGAAAAUGGGUGGUGGAGAGAGGUUCAACGUUCCAGUUCCCCAGUCUAGAAAUAUUACCAAGAACCAUCAACAACUUAAAAACAGGCAGAAGAAUAAGGACCAGAAUUCACAGAUGAAGAAAACCUAUAUGAAGAAAGAAAGAGGACAUGGAUGCAACUCACUGUCUGGUGCAUGGCAGGCCAUGCAGAAGGCAGGAAAGAACAACGUUCAUUUCCCCUGUAAUCAAAAUUGGAGUCCUAAUUUAUCAAAUCGUAACCUGUUUUUCUCACCUCAGACUAAUCAGAACUAUGCUGGAGCAAAGUUUAGUGAACCACCCUCACCGAGUGUUCUUCCUAAGCCACCAAGUCACUGGGUACCUGUUUCUUUUAAACCUUCUGAUAAAGAAAUAAUGACAUUUCAGCUUAAAACAUUGCUUAAAGUCCAGGCUUGAGAUGGAACUUUAAAUCUUUUAUAGUUAUUUAAAUUUACAGGGCUCCAAAUUUGAGAAUAGUUAUUCAGAACUGCAGAUGCACAGGUAAUAGGACUAGAUGUUCUUGCGUAUAGUUGGAAGAGAAGGGGGUAGGUUUACAUUCCCAAUGCUUUACCUCAAAAGUUGUGUGCUUCAUUGAUUUUGCUGUUACAUAGGGAAUUUCUCAAAAAUUAAUUUGAUUCAAUCCUAAACUGUCACCAAUUACUGUAAGAGUAAAUGGGACUGUCCCUAAAAAUUGAAAUUGAGAGUCUUUUUUGGUAAUGGCAUUGGAAGACCAGCUUUUACUGAACUUAAUGCAGCAUUAACUGGGGAAAAAAAUGCACUGAAAGCUUUCGUCAGGUACUCUGCCUUUUAACCUUAAUCAGAUUUUCUAGUUAAAACUCUUCUGAUCAGAAUCUCCUAGCAGAGUUCUGCCCAGCUGCUAGUGAAAAUGCUAAGAGGAUUCAUUUUUUUUCAUAUCUGUGAGAUUUGACACUCAAGCUUGUGACUAAAAUUUAAAGGAACAUUUCUACAUGUUCUUGAAAAGGUCGAAGAACACAUCAAGGAAGUCUGUAUUUCAGACUCUCUUCAGCAGUAUUUCAUUGGAACCUCAACAAGUUAGACUGCCAAUUAAUGACAUACUUUGUAUUGCCAGAUGACUGCCAAAAAGAUCUUCCAAAAAUUCUUUGUAUUCUGAUGCACUGAUAAGUUCUAAAACUUUUUUUUAUAUCAUUUUGUAAUUGUGAGAAAGCUGGAGUGGUUACUUAAGGUAACUUUAAAUUGGUUACCCUAUAAUUAUUUUAAGUUACAAUAUCUUGUGUAGGUAUACAGUGUUUUCAUAGGGAAAGACAGCCGUGUAAAUAAAUGUAAUACUUUGUAGCAUAUGUAAAUUUAUGCUGGGCUUUCCUGCAUAAAGGUAUUUUUAGAGCAAGUGGUAAACAUUAGAUGGCCAUGCUGAGGACGUGGCCUGAUCUAAGAAAAAAUUAUUUUGUUAAACACAAGAGGACAUAUAUGGCUGUAGCCUUAGAGUUAAUAUACAGUGAAUGUGUACAUUUUACUUGGUCAUGGGAUCAUUUUUAAAAUAAAUGCAGUGCAAAAGAAUUAUUUAGAAUUUUGUAGUAAAAUUUAGAAAAAACUGCUUAAGUUUAAGAUACUUAUGCUCUGAAUGUUGUGCCGAUAAUCCAGUUGGGUGUCUCACACACAAAGGACAGUUUGAUGACAUUGAAGUAUUGGUAAAAUGUUUGUUUCUAAAAUGAAUCAGUACUACAUUUUGUCUCAGUAUUUACUAAAAUUUGUGAAUUUCAGUAACUGGAGCAGUUGUCAAUAUGUUGAUUUCAGUGCUGUCACAGUUCAGCUGAUCCUGUAAUAUAAACACAACUGAUGUAAUAAUUUGAGUCUGAGGUUAUGCAAAAAAAUCUAGUAACAACUGAAAAAGUGUUUUAACUUGAAAGGGAAUUUUACCAAUUAUCCAAUGUUACUUAAAAUAUUUUUCUGUGCAUUCAAAUGUAGUGGCAGCUGAUUGAAUGUUUACAGACCUGUUAUUCAAAAUGUGAUGGAGUUGGCUGUCUUUAAACUCAAGUCUUUCUGAUCUGGACCUUUACCAGUGUAAGAGCUGUACUCCAGUUAUAAUUGUGUGUACUCUAUUUCAACUUGUCAUUUACUGCAUGUGUACAAACUGGAAGUGAAAAAAAAAUAAAUUUCCCCCCAAAAAACAUUUUAAGAUGGUAGUGGAAAAGUGGGAGGGUGCAUCCUUUUUAUGGAGCUCUAUAAAGUACUGACACUUUCAAAUAUCAAUUAACUUUGUGAAUGCUGCCAUUCAUAUUGCUAACCAGUCCAAACCAAAUAAAGAUAACUGUAAAAAAAAGUAGCAGCAACUUUAGAAAUCCA